AUGGAGCGGGAGGGCGGCGGCCCGGGGCCCCCCGCGCCCCACGAGCCCAUCAGCUUCGGCAUCGACCAGAUCCUGGGCGGCCCCGAGCCCACGGGGCCGCACCGAGCGGCGGCAGAACCCGACUACGGGCUCUACGGCAGCGGCUACGGCCCCACGGGUCCGCUCGGCUCCUACAACCUCAACAUGAGCAUGAACGUGAGCGUGAACGUGACCCCCGCGCCCGCCGCGCCGCCCGCCGGAGUCAUCCGCGUCCCGGCGCACCGGCCCGCGCCCGCCGCGCCACCCGCCCGCCCGCCGCGUCCGCCGCACCCGCGGCCCGCGCACCCCGCCCCCCCGCCGCGCGCCCGCCGCGCCGCCGCCGGGGCCGCGCUGCCGGGGCUCACCUUCCCCUGGAUGGAGACAACGCGCCGCAUCGCCAAGGACCGGCUCUCAGCCGCGCUGUCGCCCUUCGUGGCGACGCGGCGCAUCGGGCACCCGUACCAGAACCGGACGCCGCCCAAGCGCAAGAAGCCGCGGACGUCCUUCUCCCGGGUGCAGAUCUGCGAGCUGGAGAAGCGCUUCCACCGGCAGAAGUACCUGGCCUCGGCCGAGCGUGCCACUCUGGCCAAAGCCCUCAAGAUGACAGACGCACAGGUCAAGACCUGGUUCCAGAACCGCCGCACCAAGUGGAGGCGUCAGACGGCGGAGGAGCGUGAGGCGGAGCGGCAGCAGGCCAACCGGCUGAUGCUGCACCUGCAGCAGGAGGCUUUCCAGAAGAGCCUGGCGCAGCCGCUGCCGCAGGACCCGCUCUGCAUGCACAACUCCUCGCUCUACGCCCUGCAGAACCUCCAGCCCUGGGCCGAGGACAACAAGGUGACGUCGGUCUCGGGGGUGGCCUCUGUGGUGUGAGGGUGCUGCUGAUGUGCCAGGAGGAGGCAGUGGGAGCCUGGUGGGCUCUGAGCCUGGACUGUGGCAGGGAAGGGGCUGCAGCUUCCUGAGAGCCCCCCACUGGCAGCCCCCUCCCUGCCACGAGGAGCCCCCCAGGACCAUGCAGGAGGGAGGCCCUGCCCCUGAGGUUGGACUCAGAGCUUCACCAAACCCCACCUGGAGCACUGCUGUGGGCAGCCCCCUGCCUGGACCCCCAGGAGCCCAGGGAUGGGCCCCCACACCCUAUGGACCUCUGCAGCCCCCUGCCUGACCCCCAGGAGCCCAGGGCUGGGCGCCUGCACCCCACGGAUGUCUGUAGCCCCCUGCCCAGACCCGUGGGAGCCAAGGGCCGGGCCACUACACCCCAUGGACACCUGCAGCUCCCUGCCCGGACCCCUGGGAGCCCAGGGAUGGGCCCCCACACCUGGCAGGGUUCUGCAGCUCCCCCACCAGCAGCUCUGUGGGUCACGCUGGCUCUCUUUGGGCCCCACAGCCUCCAGCCACCUGGAGCAGGCAGGGCAUAGGACCUCCCAUUCCUGGUGCUGGAAGCCCCCUCCCCUGACAGCAGGGUCUGCACCACCUGCACCACUUGCCUUAUCCCAGUCGGAGUUUGCCACCUCCGGCUUCUAUCUGUGCCCUCGGGGCUGGACGAAGGACUUGGCAACCCCGGCUCCACCCCGUGGUGGGACAGACUGAUGGUCUGGGGCUCUCCACCCACUGGUCUCUCAGCUCCCUGUGCCUGGACAUGCCCUUGCAGCCCCCCACCAUGGGCUCGGGGUGCCCCCCAUGCUGAUGGAUUGAACUCCCCCGGGACUGCCAUCACCUCCCCAGACUGAGUCUUGGUGUGACCCACAGGACACUCGUGGGGUGCAGAGGGGCUGAAUCCCCUUUCUUCUGGUACAUCUCUGCACCCCCUCUCCCUAGUAGGGGUUCCCCCGCCAGGACCAUCCAGCCCGACUCCAACCUCUGCUGAUGAUGAUGGAGGGGCUGAAGGGGUGUGAGGGAGGGGGGGGGGUGACAGCGGUGACCUUGACCCUGAACUCGACCUUGCCCCCCCACCCCACCGCUAUCCACGACGCUGCAGCCCCUCACCCCACUUUUGGGGGACAGGCUUCUGCCGGCUCCCCCCUCUCCGCUGCUACCGGGAGGAGUCGGACACCCGGUACCGGCGGGAUUGGCUGCGGUUCCGUGACGCGGAGGGGUGGAACCGCAUUACCACCGGGAUGAGCGCGGCCGAGGGCCGGCCCCGGUGCCGGUGGGGCGGCGGCGAGGCGGUGCUUGCGUGCCCGUGCUGAGGCCGCCGGUUACCGGAGGCUGCUGCGAGCCCGAGCCGCCGAGGUGGAGGCGUUGCGGGGGGCGGUGGGCGCGUUACACCGGCAGCUGGAGGGGCUGCGGGACCGGCGGAGCGGGGAGCUGGCCAAGUACCAGGAGCGGGUGGCGGAGCUGGAGCGGGAGAUCGGGGCGGCGGAGGCGGAGAUGGCCCGGUGCCUGCGGGAGUACCCGGCACUGCUGCGGCUGCGGAUGGCGCUGGAGGCGGAGAUCGCCGCGUACCGGGAGAUGCUGGAAAGCGAGGAGCUGCGCCUGGGUGGCCUGGCCCCGCCGUGACCGGACUCCCGAAGCUCCGGUCCCACCACCGGAUCCCGGUCCUGCCGUUACCACUGGACCCCCGGUCCCGAGACCAGAUCCUCAGCCCCACUACCGGACCCCGGUUCCUCUGCCGGACCCCAAACCCCCGACUCCGUGCCCCGGGCCACGGUUCCCUGGGACCCUCAGGACCGCUCUGGACUCACGGAGCCCCGGUCCUUCUGCCCCCCCGUUCCACGGGUCCCCCGGAUUUCUGCGUGCCCGCCUGCCCCGGGACCCCCGGGAGGGCAGCGCCCGUGGGGACACACACUCACCAGCCUCUCCGGGGUGGGGGUCCCGGCCCAGACCCGUGUGGAAGCACCUCAAUAAAGCCCCGUGGCAUCA